CUCCAUUACCUUUGGGUUCAUCUUCAUCCGCCAUGGAGGGUGAGACCUCCGAGACGGUGCCGCAUCGGCGGAAGUCUCACUCGGAGGAACGGGAGACGGUGCUCGGUCCGCACGAGUUCGAGGACGAAGUCCACACCUCUUACUUCGAUCCGCCUCCACAGACGGAGGAGCAGCUGUCCAACGUCUCAGGCGACCAGCUGGGUCAGAUGGAUGGCAUGGCCUCGGAGGGGAGGGAGAUCUUCUGGUGUUCGCUCGUGGAAUCCGCCGCGGCUGCGGAGGCGCAUCGGGACCGAGCGAUGGUCGCUUGACGGCGGUGGACGCCAGCUGUUGGAGGUUGUUCUGAACCUGCUUCUGCCUUGCCUGGUUUGCUCGCGCAAAGCUGGGGUAUGGCAGCCGCCCUCUGAAUGGCUGCUGAUUCUGCUCACCUUGGCGCUGAAUCUCUGCGGCACUUUUCUGGAAGGUUUCUUCAAAGCGACGCGCUUGCUCUCCCAGAGCAUCCGCUGGAGUCAGAAGGAGCACUUGUUCGUCUUCGUCACGUCGGAGGCCUUCAGCGCUGGUGCCUUGAGCGUGUGCACUUCCUUCCCUGGGGUCUCUGGCAGCGCCGGGGGCGUCCCACUGGGUCUGAACUCUCUGUCCUUUGGAGCGGCCUUCUCCUUAUUGAAUAUGGUCUUCGGGCUCUUGGUCUAUUUGUGGGGCAGCCGCACUGGGCGGCUUUGCUUCCGCCAGCGGUGGGCGCUCAUCGUGCGCUUCGCUGAGAUUUGGAAGAAAGUGGCGCGUGCCACGGUGAUUAUGGCCAUUUUCUUGCCAGUGCUGGGCAUCAGCACCACGUUGCCCCUGGACAUGGCCGAGCCUGAGCUGAGGCCGACGAAGCUGCGGCUGCAGUACAGCUGGAUUGCCCUGGAAUGUCCAGCAGUCACCCUCGGGCUGCUCUGCGGCAUUGUGAUGAGUGUCUGUGGCGCCGCGCUGGCGACCUACUUCUGCGGGAAGUUCGACUGCCACGAGCGCCCGGCGGCGCGGCUGGUGGUGAAUGUGGCCGCCUCCGCCAUGGCCUACAUCGCGAGGGGCAUCGACGCAGCGGUGGAUUCGGUCGAAGGGCGCAACCCGAUCAGCGCCACGAGCGACUUUCUGCGGUCCAAAUUCGUCAGUAGCUUCUGCGGUGCGCUGUCCGCCUUCUCCGGGACGUUGGGCGACAUCGCCGACGUGCAGUUCGGGUGCGCCUCCGAGGACAGCACGCUGGAUGGCCCCGAGAAGCUGAGGAAGGGCCAGGCUCCGAGCCCACAGAGCUCCCUGCGAAGCCUCUCGCGCGUCCCGGCGGUCUACAACUUCUUGCUUCACUGGAUCCUCACGCUGCUGGUGAUGUGGGGCUGCGCGCGCUUCGAAGCCUGGCCCGUUCCCACCGAGCUCCUCACCGCCGCGCCCGUCGCCGACGGAUCGGCCGUCGCGCCCGUCGCGCGGCGGCCGUGGAUGCGGCUGGCGGUGGGGCGCGGGGGGUCGCUGGAGCCAGACAACGAGGUGUGAAAAAAGAAGCCGGGCGAAGGCCGAAGGAGGGCGAAGGUGAGGACAUUGGAGUACAGUUGUUCCAUCAUUUUUGUGGGGUGAGCACCAGGCGUGUACCUUGUGGACAGUGGGGGCCUCAAGCCAUAUUGUUUUUGCGGGGAUGAGUGCCUGGUAAAGGCAGCGUACUCCUUGAGUUGCACUGCUUCGCUUACUUUGGCCCUCCGCCCGUUGCGC